GGUCGUCCCCUCGCAUUUCGAAAUAGAGAGGGAACAUCCUCAGAGAGAGAGAGAGAGAGAGAGAGAGAGCGAGAGAUGGCGAACCUGUCGAGCCUCGUCCACGAGCUGCGUGAGCGCAUCGCCGCGUCCUCCUCGCCUUCCCAACCCACCGACGACCCGGACCCGCUAGAGACCCGUUUCCGUUCCGUCCUUCCCAACCUCCUCCAUGCUUACGUCAUCCCUUCUUCUACAGCCAACGAGCGAGAAGUCACUGCAGUCCUGAAGCUCCUCUCCCACACCGCCAGGAACUUCCCCGGCGUCCUCUUCCAUGGAAAGGCCAGCGCCGUUCUCCCAGUCAUCGGCCGCAUCCUUCCGUUCCUUGCCGAGCCUGCUUUCCUCUCUCGACAUGGAGUCAUUUUUGAGACAAUUGCAUCUCUUGUAUCAUUACUCCGCACAGGAGAACGAGAAGCAUAUCGUCAGUUUUUCUUAGAUGCCAUGCUGAUGGUUGAAGAUCUUUUAUCUUUGGCAUCGCUAUAUGACAAAUCAAACAUCAUAGCUUCCAGAAGAGUUUCAUUGAGGUGUUUCUAUGAGUCUUUUAAUGGAAUAUGCAGUGCUCCAUCUAUUUUCAGUGACCUUCCAGAAUGUUGCAGGCCUACAGAUGGCCCUGGUCUUCUGAUUGAUCUCACAGAUAAGCAAAGGUGGCAGCCUUUUGCUACUUGGACUACUAAGCUUCUUAGCAAAUGUCUAACUGAGGGAACACUUUAUGUGGAAGGACUUGUCAAUGCAUCAUUUGUAUCUGCUCUGUGUACUCUAUUAUGUCAUGGGGAUGCUGCUUUGCAUAUGGCAUGCUUUGACUUUGUGCGUAUUACAACAUCAUUAAUCAAUAAAGAAAUUGUUCCCACCGAGAACCUUAUCCGAACAAUGUCAUGCAUAUUAGGGCAAGAUGAAAAGGAACUUCCAAUGUUCAGAAGCACAAUAUAUGAUUCCUCCAUGGGUGCUUGCCUUCAUAUACUGCAUUCUAGCUGUAGCGAUGAUGUUGUCAAGUUCACAGCUGGAGACUUGGUUAAUGUUUUCCCUCAAUCAAUGCGGAGUGACAGCCCAGAGCUUAAGGUUGCAAUGUGCACUGCAUACAUACGAAUUGCUAAAAUCUGCCCGCCACAUAUAUGGAGGCCAGGACUGGUUGUUGAUAUACUUUGUUCUUCAAAACCGUGCUUCGCAUUGAUUGAUUGUAUCCGAGUGGUGGUUGGUACACUUGGUCCUAAUUGUAUUGGAGAGGAAGCUGUCAGUGAUAGUAUUGGGGUUCCAUCAUCUUCAAGUGGCAAAGGAGUUGAUAGCUCUACUGUGGGAGAGAAGCGAGUGGCUCAGGACAUGGAAAGUUUGAAGAGAAAGCGCCAAAAGAUACAAGCAGAGAGACUUGUUUCCAGUACUAACGUUCAAUUGGGUGGUGAAUCAUGUACUGGCACAUUCGCACGUGAGCAAGACAGAGAUUACUCAGAUUACAUGCGAGGGUUACUCAUCUCAUUCAUUGGCCAUUUGAAACCAGGCGACUUUAAAGAUACUCCUUUGAGACCAGAAACUGCAUUAAUGGCUCUUAGCAUGCUUUGCAUCGUCUUCUGUAACCAUCCACAGACCAAAUUGUCACUUACCAUUUUUCAGCAAAUGCAUGCCUGGAUACCUUGGAUAUGUGAGCAGGCAAAGCAAAGCAGUUCACUCAUGUUUGAUGUAUCCAUCUAUUUGGAAGCAGUUCACAACUUGUUGCUUAUGCAUGAUUCUCAUCCUGUGUGGAUGAGGCUUUUUGAAGAUAAACAUGAUGGUUGCAUGAAUAGCACAGAGACCAUAAAUUGUGAUCAGCCGGUACAUCCAGGCCUGAUAGAUUUUGUGCUAAAACUUCCAUGGACUCAUUCUCUUCUGGCGGCUCAAGCUCAUUCACUCUGGAAAACAAAAUGUCUCUCUGUUCAAGUCGUCUCGAAGAUUGGCACUAGAUUAAAAACUGAAAGUGAUCUUGAAGUCCUGGACUUGGCUAUUUGUGAUGAAGCUGAAGAAGUCAGAGCUGAAGGUGUUAUUUCUCUGCCAGUGGUUGUCUUGUGCUCUGGAAGUGGUCUACUUCCACAAGUUUAUAGAAGAAUGGAGUCCCUUGGGAAAGAUGAGUCCAGCCUAGUUAAUAAAAUGGUUCCUUAUUCAAUUGGCUACUUGUCAUGUCUUUUUGGAUCGUGUAAUGCUACCCAGGAUUUAAAUGAAAGUCCUUGCAGACUGUUCUUAUGUAGUGACAAUGGGAAACAGAUUCAGACGAUGGAUCUUUUGUUGGGAGGAUUCUGGUGUCCACAGUGUGACAAAAAAAAUUCACAUAAUCGAGAUCAAUACUCCAAUGUUCUAGACAUGCCUCAGGUGCAAAGGAUGGAAGCUGAUUUUGAUUUUGUUAACCUUCAGUCUCUUUUUUUUAGGCUUCUUUUUGAUGAGUCAUCUGAUGAGGUGCAAGUUGCUUGCGUGGGAAUAAUUUCACGAAUUCUCAGACAUGGUACUCAAGAUAUCCUGCUUAAAACAAAAUUUCAGUGGACACAAUGCAUUGAAUAUUUACUUCUUCACGGUAAGAAGGUUGUUAGGGAAGCAUUUUGCGCACAGAUUAGCAGCUUCCUUGAGGGCCACAUUCUUGACUGCUUAUUUGUUGAUGGGGAGUCAUGUAGUAAAACAAAAGAACAGAAAUUUCUGGACAAACUAAAGCAUGCUUUGGUGGCAACUGAGGAUGCCCAGAUUCUUGAGACUCUUUUGGAGUCGACAGCCGAGAUUAUGAAUGCUGUUGAUAUCCAUGGGCAGGUUUUUUUCUUUUCUCUUAUUUUAUUGGUUGAUCAGCUUGAUAAUCCUCAUGUGAUAGUAAGGAUGACUGCGUCAAGGUUAAUACUUAGAUCGUGCUACUUCCACCUUAAAGGAGGAUUUGAACUAAUCCUAUCUAAGUUUAUUCAUAUCCGAGAUGAGCUGUUUGAUUAUCUCUGUGCCAGGCUUGUGAGCCGCCCAGCAAUGAUCCAAGAGUUUGCAGAGGCUGUUGUUGGUAUUGAUACUGAGGAACUUGUAAGGAGAAUGGUUCCUGUUGUUCUUCCAAAGCUUGUGGUUUCUCAGCAGGAUAAUGAUCAAGCUUUCAUCACCUUACAAGAAUUAGCAAAGCAUUUGAAUACAGAUGUGGUACCGUUGAUUGUUAAUUGGUUACCUAAAGUGCUUGCUUUUGCUCUUCUCCGAGCAGAUAGGCAGGAGUUGCUCUCUGCUUUGCAGUUUUAUCAUAUGCAAACUGGAUCAGACAAAAAAGAAAUUUUUUCAGCUGCUUUACCAGCACUUCUUGAUGAACUUAUCUGCUUCCAUGGUGACGGUGAUUUGGAUGAGACUAACAAAAGGACAGCAAGAGUUCCUCAGAUGAUCCAAGAGGUUGCUAGAAUCCUCACAGGUUCUGAUGACCUUCCAGGGUUCUUGAGGAAUCACUUUGUUGGUCUUCUUAACAGCAUUGAUCGAAAAAUGCUUCAUACUGAAGAUCUUUUCCUGCAGAAACAGGCCUUGAAACGUAUUGAAAAGCUUAUUGAAAUGAUGGGCUCUCAUCUUAGUACAUAUGUUCCAAAACUUAUGGUUCUUCUAAUGCACGCUGUUGAGAAAGAAACACUUCAAAAUGAGGGUCUUUCUGUCUUGCUUUUCUUCAUCAAGCAGUUGGCCAGGGUAUCACCUUCCAGCAUGAAACACGUGAUCUCUCAAGUUGUUGCUUCUCUUAUCCCAUGCCUGGAAAGAUAUAGAGAGAAUCCUUCUUUACAUUUGAACAAAAUUGUGGACGUUUUGGAAGAACUUGUGGUUGAGAAUAGGCUACUGCUGAAGCAGCAUAUCCGUGAGCUGCCUUUGUUACCAACCAUUCCAUCCCUGUCCAAAGUAAAUACAGUCAUACAAGAAGCAUGUGGAUCAAUGACGUUGAUGGAUCAGCUGCGAAAUGUUGUUGAUGGUCUAAACCACGAGAGCUUAAAUGUAAGGUAUAUGGUGGCUUGUGAGUUAAGCAAACUAUUGGAUCUGCGAAGAGAGGAUGUUACAGCUGUGAUAGCAGGUGAAGUUGGUUCAGAUUUGGACAUUGUGAGCUCGUUGAUCACAUCCUUACUCAGAGGGUGUGCAGAGGAAUCAAGGACUGCAGUGGGCCAGCGGCUGAAAUUGGUUUGUGCCGAUUGCCUAGGAGCACUUGGUGCUGUGGAUCCUGCCAAAUUCAAGGGAAUCUCAUGUCAACGCUUCAAGAUUGAAUGCUCAGACGAUGAUCUUAUCUUUGAGUUGAUUCACAAGCAUCUUGCCCGGGCAUUUAGAGCUGCAUCUGACACUAUUGUUCAAGAUUCAGCUGCACUAGCUAUACAGGAGCUGCUGAAGCUUGCUGGUUGCCAGGCAUCACUGGAUGAGAAUGUUGUGGCUUAUACAUCACAGUCACUGAAGGGAAAGGAGUCUGUAUAUAUAUCUGAAAGUUGUGGCAAAAACGAUUGCAGUGAGAUGAAUAUGAGGGGUCAGAGACUGUGGGACCGUUUCUCUAACUAUGUUAAAGAAAUCAUCGCACCAUGCCUGACCUCAAGGUUUCAACUUCCAAACGUGGCUGAUUUAACAUCUGUUGGGCCAAUAUACAGGCCUUCUAUGUCGUUCAGAAGAUGGAUAUUCUCUUGGAUCAGGAAGUUGACAGUGCAUGCAACUGGUUCUCGCGCAGGUAUUUUCAAUGCAUGCCGCGGCAUAGUACGUCAUGACAUGCAAACGGCUAUGUAUUUGCUGCCAUAUUUGGUCCUUAAUGCUGUCUGUCACGGUACUGCAGAGGAACGCCAUAGCAUAACUGAGGAGAUUCUCUCUGUUCUCAAUGCAGCGGCUUCAGAGAACAGUGGAGCUGCAGUUCAUGGUAUUGCCGGGAGACAGAGCGAAGUCUGUAUUCAGGCUGUAUUCACUCUACUAGAUAAUCUUGGACAAUGGGUGGACGAUCUUAAACAAGAAGUUGCCCUUUCUCAAUCUCUUCAUGCUGGGGUCUCUAAGCAAUCGUCUAAGGCGAAGAAUAAAACUAUGGAGUCUAUAUCUGAUUUGGAUCAACUCCUUAUACAAUGUAAUAAUGUUUCUGAGCUUUUGGCUGCCAUUCCGAAAGUUACCCUCUCUAGAGCAUCCUUCCAUUGCCAGGCUUAUGCUCGUUCUUUGAUGUACUUUGAGUCACAUGUGCAGAGCAAAUCAGGCUCCUUUAACCCAGCGGCUGAGAGGAGCGGCAUCUUCGCGGACGAAGAUGUCUCAUUUUUGAUGGAGAUAUACAGUGGUUUAGAUGAGCCUGAUGGUCUCUCCGGCUUUGCCCAUCUACGGAAAUCAUCGAAUCUGCACGACCAACUUCGGAUAAAUGAAAAGGCAGGUAAUUGGGCAGAGGUUUUAACUUCUUGCGAGCAGGCUUUGCAGAUGGAACCUACCUCUGUUCAGAGACAUUCAGGUGUGCUUAACUGUCUGCUAAACAUGUGCCACCUUCAGGCCAUGGUUACUCAUGUUGAUGGAUUGAUUUCUAGGAUACCGCAGUACAAGAAAACUUGGUGCAUGCAAGGUGUGCAGGCAGCUUGGAGACUCGGAAGAUGGGAUCUGAUGGAUGAGUACCUUUCUUUUGCUGAUAAAGAAGGUUUAGCCUGUAGCAGCUCCGAUAGUGCUUCCUUUGACAUGGGUCUCGCCAAGAUUCUACAGGCAAUGAUGAAGAAAGACCAGUUCAUGGUAGCAGAAAAAAUUGCCCAGUCUAAACAAGCCUUGCUAGUCCCUCUAGCAGCUGCGGGCAUGGAGUCCUACAUGCGUGCAUACCCAUUUGUCGUAAAGCUUCACAUGCUACGUGAAUUGGAAGAUUUCAAUACUCUUCUAGCUGAUGACUCAUUCUUGGAAAAAUCAUUUCAUUUGGAUGACCCAAGAUUUUCAAAGGUUAUAAAGGACUGGGAUAAUCGUCUCAGAUUCACACAGCCUUUGCUGUGGGCAAGGGAGCCACUGUUAGCUUUCCGCAGGCUGGUUUUCAGUGCUAGCAACCUCGGUGCUCAAGUUGGGACCUGCUGGCUCCAAUAUGCAAAGCUCUGCCGUUCUGCUGGCCAUUAUGAGACAGCCAAUCGUGCAAUUUUAGAAGCGCAGGCUUCGGGUGCGCCAAAUGUUCACAUGGAGAAGUCAAAGCUUCUAUGGAGCACUAGAAAAUCUGAUUGUGCCAUAGAUGAAUUGCAGCAAUCGCUUCUGAACAUGCCUGCUGAAGUUCUGGGUGCUGCUGCUAUCUCAUCACUUACCAGUCUCUCGCUUGUUCUGCCGAAUCCAUGCUCAGUUUGCACUAGUCAGGCAUCGAACGAGAACCAAGAUGUGGCUAAAACCCUCCUCCUUUAUACCCGAUGGAUCCAUUACACUGGACAGAAGCAGAAGGAAGAUGUGAUAAAUCUCUACAGUAGAGUUAGGGAACUCCAACCCAAAUGGGAGAAGGGAUUUUUCUUUAUGGCUAAAUAUUGUGAUGAUUUGCUGGUUGAUGCCCGGAAGCGACAGGAAGACAACCAGGAAGGGUUGAUGGAUGCGCGAUCUAGAUCGAAAUGUGCAGUAUCAACUUCAGUGGGUGGUAGCUCCGUAAAUACUUCUGCUGAAGAAAAGCCUUGGUGGUCGUACCUUCCAGAUGUUUUAUUAUUUUAUGCAAAAGGACUUCAUAGGGGUCAUAAGAAUCUUUUUCAGGCACUCCCGAGGUUGUUAACUCUCUGGUUCGAAUUUGGAAGCAAAUACCACAGAGAUGGCCUAGCAUCCAAUAAAGCAUUGAAAACUAUCCAUGGAAGGAUCAUGAGCGUCAUGCGGGGCUGCCUGAAGGAUUUGCCAACAUAUCAGUGGUUAACAGCUCUACCUCAGUUGGUUUCUAGAAUCUGCCACCAAAAUGACGAAAUUGUUCGGCUGGUCAAACAUAUCAUAACCUCUGUUCUACAGGAAUACCCACAGCAAGCCCUUUGGACCAUGGCUGCAGUUUCAAAGUCUACUGUUGCUGCAAGGCGUGAUGCAGCAGCUGAGAUCAUACAAGCUGCGCGGAAAGGGUCCGGGCAGGGGAGCGAUAUCAACAGCCUUUUUGUUCAGUUUGCAAGCCUAAUAGAUCAUCUGAUCAGGCUGUGCUUUCAUGCAGGACAGUCAAAGGCGAAAACAAUCAAUAUCUCGACAGAGUUCAGUGCCUUGAAACGGAUGAUGCCACUAGGAAUAAUAAUGCCAGUUCAACAAGCCCUUACUGUUACUCUUCCUACAUAUGAUGCGAGUCUGACAAGUUCCAAAUUUGACAUCUUCUCAGCUGCAGACCAUGCUACUAUAUCAGGAAUUGCUGACGAAGCUGAGAUCCUUACAUCUCUUCAGCGACCAAAGAAAGUUGUUUUUCUUGGGAGUGAUGGUAUUGAACAUCCUUUUCUCUGCAAACCAAAGGAUGACCUUAGGAAAGAUGCACGUAUGAUGGAGUUCACGGCAAUGAUUAACCGUCUAUUAUCCAAAUACCCUGAAAGCCGCAGGAGAAAGCUCUACAUCCGCACCUUCGCUGUGAUCCCACUCACGGAGGAUUGUGGGAUGGUAGAGUGGGUGCCCCAUACCCGUGGGUUGCGACAUAUUCUUCAGGACAUCUACAUAACCUGUGGGAAGUUUGACAGGCAGAAGACAAACCCCAUCAUUAAGCGCAUAUAUGAUCAGUGUCAGGGUAAGAUGCCGGAAGAUGAGAUGCUGAAGAUGAAAAUCCUUCCAAUGUUUCCUCCUGUUUUCCACCAAUGGUUCUUGACUACCUUCUCCGAGCCAGCUGCUUGGUUCCGGGCUCGGGUUGCAUAUGCACACACUGCUGCUGUAUGGUCAAUGGUUGGCCAUAUUGUAGGUCUGGGUGAUAGGCAUGGUGAGAACAUCCUUUUUGAUUCCACCACUGGAGAUUGUGUACAUGUUGAUUUCAGUUGCUUGUUUGACAAGGGCCUGCAAUUGGAGAAGCCUGAGUUGGUUCCUUUCAGACUAACCCAGAACAUGAUUGAUGGCUUAGGCAUCACUGGAUAUGAAGGCAUCUUUUUAAGGGUAUGUGAGAUUACGCUUUCCGUGCUGAGGACCCAUAGGGAGACUUUAAUGAGCGUCCUUGAAACUUUCAUCCAUGAUCCUCUUGUUGAGUGGACAAAAUCUCACAAGUCCAGUGGAGUAGAGGUUCAGAAUCCUCAUGCACAGAGGGCCAUGAGUAGCAUUGAAGCAAGGCUUCAAGGAGUUGCUGUUGGUGUCGGGGCAGCGCCAUCUUUGCCUCUAGCAGUAGAAGGACAAGCUCAUCGUUUGAUUGCUGAAGCAGUGUCACACAAAAACCUUGGGAAAAUGUACAUAUGGUGGAUGCCUUGGUUCUAGACUUCAAGGAGUUAAAGCUGAAGACAGAUGUAUCAUAUAAAAAAUGGGAGCACGAGUAGGACGGAGAACUUGAUGGUGGCAGAUCUUGUUUCUUUGAUCAGCUAUUGAGUAGGUUCCUUGCAGUUGCCAAUGAGAUACUGCACUUAAAGCAAAGCCCUCAAACUGAGUCCAUAUGGGACCAAUGAUAUGGAAAAAAGAACACAAAACUUGUUUCCUAGAAGAGAUCCUAUACUUCUCUAAGGAGAAUAACCACCAUUAACUCUACACUGGCCAACCUUCCAACUUACCUUUUCCAAAAUCCUGGCCAAGAUGGCCAUGUGGCCAAGGCCCAUUUGGACGGCUUAAAUCGCAUUACUCAUGGCGAGGCCCAUGAGGCAAAUAUGAGAAAAGUAAGGUCAAGUGGUUAUUUUUGUUAAUUGUGGAGUUUGGAGAGUAUCUUUGUAAAUUUCUUUUUUGUAUUGACUCAUUGCUAGUUGUUGGAGUUAAUUUUAGGUUGUUGGUGUUAGUUGCGAUUAGCAAUUAAUAACCAUGAUUAGGUGGUGUAAAUCAUUAUUAGUUAUGAGUUAGAAUGUUAGGGGUUGUUGUUAGGAGACCUAUAAAUACAUUGUAAUAGUCGCAGUAAGGGAGUUUUGAUU